GUGGGGGAGGGGCAGAGAGAGAGGGAGACACAGAAUCCGAAGCCGGCUCCAGGCUCCGAGCCAUCAGCCCAGAGCCCGACGUGGGGCUCGAACCCACGGACCGCGAGAUCGUGACCUGAGCCGAAGUCGGAAGCUCAACCGACUGAGCCACCCAGGCGCCCCUCGCUAUUGUUAAUAACGCCGGCGUGAACGCUGCUGUGCCAGUGUCUCUUCAAGACCCCACCUUCCGUUCUUUGAAGUACACUUGCUGCGUGGAUGGUGGCGUCUCUGUGUUUAUUUUCUCCGGGAACUUCCAUACUUUUCCACAGAGGCUGCACCACCUUAUGUGCCCACCUGCAGUGCACAGGGGAAACAGACCUGGCGUCCUUUUUAAGGGUGGAAUUAAGGAGGUCCACAUUUCCAGUUAGAAAAUCAAGAAGCCAUGGGGAUAAAAAAUACAGCAUAGGAAACACAGGCAGUAAUAUUGUGAUAACGUCGUGUAAUGACGGAUGGCAGCUAGGCUCACCGUGCGGGAUGCUGGGGAUUGUGUGCAGUUGUGCGAUCCCCGUACGUCCGCCUGAAACUAACAUGACCCUGUGCAUCCACUCUGUGAAAGCCACCGCACCAGAGUGGAGACAGGCCACAUCCCGGGAGUUCAGGUGGCAGGAUCCCGAGCCUGACAUCAGCCAGGAGCACGGGGGCUCCCUGCCGUCGGUCGAUCCCUGUGUUCCUGGCGUGGCCUGGCAGGGUCAUGCAGACUUCUAUGCCCAGCCACCUCUGAUCUGGUCACCGUGUAGAGCACAGUUUAGUCCGCACGUGGCCGAUCCUGUAGACGCCUGCCCCGUGUCUGCCUCCCCCUUUUUGCAUCCUAACACCGCUGCGCUUUUGUUCACACUUACGGCCAGAGAUGUGUUUACUGGCCCCGGGUGCUGGGGGAGGCGCUGGGGGAGGCGCUGGGGGGGGGGGCAGGGAGGACAAAGGGCCCCCAGGUGCGGAGGGUGGAUUAGUGUGGCUGAAAUUAGAAUCUCAGAGUCUGGUCUGGACACUCGUUCACCGCCCAGGACGGGGAGCCGGCAGCCCAGGGCAGAGCGAGUGAGUCCCCCCUUCCUGGGAAGGAGGCCAGUUAGAGCCGCCCCGCGGGGCCGGGGCCUGACGCCCCUCGCCAAGGACGCCGUGUUAUCUGUGUAUUUGGAAGGAAAGGAGGGUUAAAAUACCUCUUUGUCUACUGAGGACCAGGUCCGUCGUGAAUCAUUUCUCCUUCCUUCCGUUUAGGAAGAGAGACGGGCCCUGUGCCAGCCAGUACGUUCCCAGGCCAGGCAGGUGCAGAACUCCCUGAGACGCUGUGACACGCUGCAUUGCUCGUUUAAUUUAAGGCUUAAACAGCUCCAAGAAAUGCGUAGAAGCCUAUGCAUCACCGCGGAGGACUUCAUCGGAGGUGGGUGUCACUGGGCCUGCUGGCUGACACCCGCAGCAAGCUGGAGUCAUUCUGGGGGACCACACGAGGCUGUGCGUGCCCUUGACACCGGGUGCAGAGAGGGCGUGGCUUAAAGAGGCGGUUGUCCGAUUGUCAUUUGACUGUUUUUCUCUCUAGUUUCCACUUUACUGGUUUAACGAGUCCCCACGAUACUCGGCUCCAACCCGGGCGCACAUUUUGGAUUGCUGACGAGGCUCAGAACACGCGCGUGCCCCAGUGUUUCACACCGACAGGCAGAGACACACGGGGUGGUCCUUCUCACGGGCCCUCCUCCUCCUGCACCCGCCUGGGGCCUGCGGGCCCGGCAGCCCCGGGUGCCCUGCACGCGCCCUGCUGCCUCCCUGGGACCCCUGCGGCCACCUGCCAGCAGCCGACUUGCUGAGCUAGGAUUUCCUGUGUUGGAAACAGGAAAAAUAAAAAAUACUCCUCUGGUUACGCAGAGACCUGGUGAGCAGAUCAGUGUGCCCUGAGCAGGCCCCUCAAGUGCAACCCAGCUCUGACCUUCCGCAGAGACCCCCUUCUUCCCAUUAUUGAUUCUUUAAUGGCAUCUAAUGAUGAUGUAAGGAGGCUGCCGGCCGGGCCCUUCAGUGCCAUCGAUCACUUGUUAAGGAUCGGAGAGGCACGCCCAUCUGCGUACCACCAACCCGACAUCCCUGGAGGAUCCUGCGCUGCCCCAGGACCCCUCCACCGCGUCCGCCCUGCCCCCUCCGCCUGCCCCCCCCCCCCAGUCUUCCUGGCCCUGCCCCCUCUGCCUGGGAUCCCUCGUCCCUCUGGCCCUGCCCCCUCUGCCCGGGCCCCCCUAGUCCUUCUGUCCCUGCUCCCUCUGUCCGGGGGGGUCCCCCGGGACUGCUCCCUCCUCCCCCCGCCCCAGUCUUCCCAGCCCUGUCCCCUCUGCCCGGGGUCCCCCCAGUCCCUCUGGCCCUGCC